GUGCUCUUGAUGGACACCGAGACCGGCGCCACCAAGUCAGAGCUGUCGCUGCGGCGGCAGCGCGCAAACUGGAACCUCAAGGUGGACUCCAUCACGCCGCAGCAAAAGUUCGAGCAGUACAGGCAGACGAACGAGUACCAGAUGUUCGGGCUGGGCGACGGCGGGCAGACUGUCUUCGCCAUGAGCCACGACGCGCGCGCCGGCGAGAAUGUCGAGCAGUAUGUGAUUAGCGCAGACUCGAGCCGCAAGUACAAGUCGUACACCUUCAGCGCCCACGCGCAGACCAAGGGCGGCUACCUGGUGCUGGGCCGCACGGACGGGGCUGUCGCGCUGUACGACUACAUCAUGCAGUCCGAGAACGCCUCCUGUGUCAUCGACUCGCACAAGGUUGGAGCGGUCACGUCGGUCGACGUCGCGGCAGACGGCACGAUGAUCGUGUGGACGACGGCGGAGUUUGUCCUGUUCACGUGCGUCAACUCGGGCCACUGGGCAAAGGGGACGAACGAGCCCAAGCCGGUCGUCCUCAGGCUGCGCAUGUCCGAGGCGGACGAGGCCAAGUACGGGCCUGACGACGGCGAGGAGCUCGCGCUGUGGGGCUCGAGCAAGUUCGACGCGACGACGCACCGCGACGAGCACGGGCUGUACGAGCGCGAGAUCAUCUCGUACCGCGGGCGGCUGCAGGUGCGGUGGAGUGUGCGCGACGCGCGGAGCGCGUGGGAGGCGCUGAGCGAGGGCGAGGGCGCCGCUUCCCUCGACGGGGCUACGACCGAGAUGAGCGCGAGAGUAAACCGGCACAUGACCGUCGGCAACGACAAGGACAUCGUCGCCCUGGAGGGCGAGAUCGUGAGGGCGCUGCACAUCUAGGGCGGUCUGGGAACGGCAGGCAAACGGCGUGCGCCUUCGAGGUUGCUCUAGACCUGGGGCGCGUGGGGCGUGGGCCGUGGCGAAUCUCUCUCUCGACUCUCCUCUCUCCUCUGAGCUCUGUGUACCGAUGGCGAUGCGGCGAGUUGCCAGUUGCAGCCCGCUGCUGUGGCUUCAAGGAACUUGCAAGAUACCGAGUGUGUGCUGUGGGAAGACAUUUGUCGACGAUGCCGAGUCGGAAGCGACAAGCGUGUGACACGGAAAAUAAAGCUUUAAACGUAAAA